AUGGCAUCGGCAGCUGCUGCAGUCUCCUUGCCUACCGGCUUCUCGGUCCUGACGACAUUUCCUGAUCUCCUCUUUAUCCCCGAAUUUGUCUUUGGAGGCCUUGUCUGGAUCCUGGUGGCCUCAACCAGGGUAGCUUAUCAAUUACUGCAAGGCUGGGUUAUGUUUGUCUCCGUGUUCUGCUUCACAUUGUCAACUCUUCUCAUGUGCCUCUAUUUCUGCGGCGCUCAUGGUGGAAAAUCUUCUUGGAUCGCAGUGGAUGCUUUCUAUCAUUCAGUGGCUGCUCUGUUUUACCUGAGUGCUGCUGUUUUACAAGCCACUGCUACCAUUGGGGCCCAACCCACCAACAACAAUGCCAAUCAAUUUAAAAUUUACCAGGAAGACAUUGCAGCAGUGGUAUUUGCAUUUUUAGCCACCUUGACGUACGUGAUCCAUAAAGGGUUCUCUCUGCUGAGAUGGAAAUCCUCAUAA